GUAACGACACUUUCUUCGUGAGUUCGUAAGGACGACAAAAUUACAAAACUUGGACUAAAAAUGUUCUCUCGAUUUCCAAUUGAAGACGCGCCGAGCGCAAUUAGAUCAUCAUCAGCGAAACGCACCAAGCUGCUGGUCCAUAUCUCGGCAUGGGCCACAAGAAUACUUGCCCUUUUAAGCAUCAUCUUCGCUGUCGUUUCCUUUACGAUGUUACAUGAUGUCUGGUUUGGAGCUGUUAUGUGUGUCACAGCAGCAUUCAGCAUUUUGAGUCCAUUAAACUUUAACGCUUGCUGUUAUUCGGAUUGUUCGGGAAAUACAACAUUUGUAAAGCGAUGCGGACUAGUCAGUGUAUUCGUUUGGAUGUUUCUGACCGACAUGGCUUACAUGCUCGUGUUUGCAACUAGCUGGGGUAUAUGGCUAGUCAGCUACGACGUAAAAGAUUUGCUGAACACAGUAUUUGCGUUUGCUUUAAUCAUUAACAUCGUCCUGACCUUCUUCAAUCUCUACUCGAUUUGUCUCGUUUACAAGUAUGGCUGUUGUUUUAUGGAUGGUGUUGACAGGGAGUGUCGACAGCAAAGCGUUGACGUGAUGGAUGAGAACAACUCACAGUUAAGCACGAAAGGAGAAGGUGUUCCAGUUGUUCCAGAGUGACUGCAGUUUCAGCGAGCCUUCCUAUCCCACAUUGUAUGCCUAUGUAAGACCGGACGCAAGUCAAAACGAAGCUCCCCCCAGUUACCCUUUAAACGACAAACAUUUCUGCUUGAGUUGCACAUAUACGGACACCAUUUUAGUGCUGUAAAUGAUCAACUUUUUUGAAUGGUUAUUUGAUAAUGUUAGGUGUGACCUUUUAGGGUUUUCUUGAUUUGAGUAUAAGGAUCCGUUUUGUUGAGGGUGGUUUUCGAUAUUGUCCUAGAUACCAUUAGCAGUUAUGUAUAAUCCCUGGGUAAACUAAACAACACAAAUAUGUUCAUCAAUUCUCUGUAUUCUGUUCAAAUUUAUUAAACGUCAACAAUGCUCCUAUAAAUCCAAGUUGAACGCUCUGAAAAGAUAAAUAAUAACAAUCAUAAGCAUUACAUAUGAUUAAUAAUCUAUUUCAUAACUGUCUUUACAUUCUAAUCUAUUUUAUAAUUCAAUCGUGUGCAAUGACAGGUUAAAUUGAACCGCUUACACACACAAACAUGACAUAUUAUCACAAAAAAACAAUGUACAUCACACAAAACAUCACAUCAACAAUGAUCUUACCAAUUGAAUCUUUCAAGGUGUCCGUUUUAUUUCCAUGCUAAUUAUCAAGUGUAAACCAAACCAACAUGUGAAAGUUAUGGAAAUAUGCUAAUUGUUCCAAGUUUUAGUAUAAUGAUGCAUUUUUAUUAUGAAACUCAAUGAUCACACAGUUUUAAACCUUUUAUUUUAUAGGGCAGACUGUGUGUGAUGCGCAUAGUUUCAAACAAUGACUGCAUUGUAUUUUUGAAAAGUUUUUGCAUAAGGUGCUCUAAAUUGUAUUCCUCCGUCUGGAGACAGAGUUGAUAUCUUUGAUCAUUUUUUGUACUUGGGGUUUACCUAUAAGUUUGUUAUUAUUUGUUUUAUUGUUAAGUUUCCUAAAGUUAAUGCAUUCUUUGAUAAGAUUUACCUUUUUUUCUUUAUUAAGGAUUAUUGGGAUAAGAGUUAUGUUUGUAAACUGGUUUAAAACCCCAGUAUAUUUACAUUUUACUGACCUAACAAUCCUUGAUAAACAUACUUAGUUUUUUAUGUAUUGUAUGUAUGCACUGUUCGUCCAUGUUUCUUGUUUGUGUUUUGUGUUUUUAUGUUCUAUGUCUUUGGCCCUUACCAAGUGCCAUUAAACCGGGUUUAUGUUUUAACUUCUUGCUACUGCGCUUGUUUCUGUAGUUUUUUCGUAUGCAUAUUAAAAGAGCAACUCAUAA